GCUGCAGGUAUUUCGCCGUCGCGCAGGGUCACACUCGCCCAAGCACCCGUAUAAAAUCCCCGCCCCCCUGAUCGACGAUAGUAUUUCGAAAAAAACGCGAGGAAAAGUCUGAUGCGCGUUAAAAUCGGAGCGCAAAUCGUGCACAUAUUUUUUUUUACACACUGCGCGCCGUGCUUACGACUGAAAACGGAGACAGACAUAAAAGCCUUGGCGCACUAGCACGCAAUGAAAACGCACCGAAAUGAAUGUGAUAUUGCGAUAAAAUACAUGAUUCGCUGACAACUCUAUUUUAUAUUGAAUGCAUUCGAGAAAUCGAACGCAGCGCAGCGUGUGUUGUUUACUUAACGAUUUUCUGUGUUUGUUUGCCCAACUUGCGGAGGUGAAAUUCAGCAUUUCUGAUUUUCCAUUUGCCAACGAAAGAGAGGAAAAGUGAAAAGUGCUAUUCGACGAAGCGCAACGGAACGCAAAAUCAAAAGAAAAACAGCAUAUCCAAAGAUAUGUGUACAUAGCACAUAAAUUGCAAAUUGAGGCCAAGAGACAAGAGAACCUGAAAUCCACACAGAUCUUGAUGAGUGAGCUCACGAUGGACAGGAGUCGGAGUAGCAGAGCUGCCAGCAGCAACCAGUUCAUCAGGCCAUGUGGCCUACUGACGACCGUCAUCCUGCUGCAUGCGCUGGUGUCGAUGAGUUUGGCCAUCGAGGAGACGUCGCCACCACCGGCCGCCCCGCCACGGCCAUCGCCGCCGCCCACCGUGAAGCUCAACAAGUGCUGCCAUUCGGGCGAGUAUCUGAACGAUGGCACCUGCAUCGCCGGCAGCGAAGCCCUGUGGCUGCCCAUGGUGUACUUGGUGCAGCAGCAGCGCUUCUUCGAGCCCCAUGGCGCCAGUCCGCGAUUCUUGAAGUUCCUGCCCAAUACGAGACCCAACUGCCGAAAGGAUCAGACGACGGAGAUCUUUCGCAGCCGCGGAGCCAAUGUGAUGCUCUUUCCCAAUGGCACGCUCUAUGUGCGGGAACGCGCCCUGAUGGUCCAGCCAUCGGACUACUGCGUCGACUGGGAGGUGGCCGUCGUCUGCUUGGACAGUCCGCCGACCAACGCUGUGGAGGAUCCCGAUUACGCAGCCAAUCCCCUCGUGCAGCAGGAGCCGCCCAAGGCCAGCCUGCGACUGAGCAAGUGCUGCGGCAAGUGGGGCAGCUAUAACACGCAGCUCCAGAACUGCGAUCUGCAGCCCAACCAUCAGGCAGCCGUCGAUGGACUGCUGCGACUGUCGCCGCAGCUACCCGAGGGCAGCUAUCAGACCAGCUACGGCCUGCCCGACUGUGGCCAACCCGGUGGCUACUCCAUCGCCGGGGAUUGGCAGGAUGCCAAGCUGGAUCGGAACACGGCCAUGCUCCAGUUGCCGCACAAGAACCUUAGCGCCGGGCAAUACUGCCUGGAGCACACGCAGCGCGAGGGCGAGGUGAAGAUCAUAGCCUGCCAGCAUUUGUUUAGCUCCGCAGGAGCCGGCACCCACGAGGGCUCCAUUGGAGGCACCAUCGAGCAGGCCAAUGGCCAGAAUCUGCAGAAGGCCGUCCUGACUGGCGGCAUACUUGUGUCCAUUGUCUUUCUGUCCGCCACUUUGGUGGCCGGCUUCCUGCUGCCCGCUGUGCAUCAUGCGCUUCAUUGGCGCUGCCAAAUCUGCUAUGUCACCUGCCUGCUAUUCGGCAAAAUCCUGCUGGCCGUCGAGGAGCUGAGCUCCAGCCUUCAGCCGGGCAGUGCCGCCUGCCACACGCUUGCUAUCACCAUGCAGUUCUUCUUUCUGGCCGCCUUCUUUUGGCUGAACACCAUGUGCUUCAACAUCUGGUGGACGUUCCGGGACUUUCGACCCAGUUCGCUGGAACGCAAUCAGGAGGCACUGCGUCGCUAUCUGUACUCCCUGUACGCGUGGGGCGGUCCGCUGCUUAUCACCUUCGUGGCCGCCUGCGUGGAUCAGCUGCCGGAGACGACGCUGCUGCGUCCGGGAUUCGGACAGCUCUACUGCUGGUUCGACAAUCGCAACCUCUCCAUCUUCGCCUACUUCUACGGACCCAUUGGCCUGCUGCUGUGCGCCAAUAUAGCGCUCUUCGUGUCCACCACCCAUCAGUUGACUUGUGGCCUGUGGAAGCGGGACGAUGUCAAGUCCUCCUCGGAGAAGUCCGCCCUGGGACGCGUCUGCCUGAAGCUGGUCGUCGUUAUGGGCGUCACCUGGAUAGCGGAUAUUCUGUCCUGGCUGGUGGGUGGACCACAUGGCGUAUGGUUCUUCACCGACCUGAUCAACGCCCUGCAAGGCGUCUUCAUCUUCAUCGUGGUGGGCUGCCAGCCGCAGGUGUGGACCGCCUGCCGCAGGAUCUUCUGUCCGCGAUUGCGUCAUGACAUCACCAAUACGACCAACGGUGUCCAGCACUCGAGCAGCUCGCAGGGCUUGCCCUCGUUGGCCGGCGGCACGGAGAUUACCCAGAACACCACCACCACCACCACGACGACGACCACCACCAGCCACAAGCCCAGCAGUCCGGCGGAGGAUGAGGUACCGGAGAAGGCUCCCAUUGCCCCCGCCGCACCCAUCAUCAAAAUGGAGACCAUUUGCUAAACACAACUGAGACGACGAGCGACAAUGCGAAAGCCAGGCCCGGAUACAAAAGUCCAGACCUCGAGCGAGCGAAAUAAUGGCAAUGGGCAGCUCAGAAAUAAGAAAGAAAGAAUGGAAAAAACACGGAAAAAAAAACGCUGCCAAAGCUGGAGUUUCGAGACGAGAGCGGCACACACUUGCGCAAUCGCGGCAACAAAACCAAGCUGACCAGCUAAUUGUGCGAGUGUACGAGCGAAUGAGUGUGUGUGUGUGUAUGGUUGUGUGUGUGUGUGCAAGCGACUUGCGCGUGAUUUUGAAAUCGGCCAACAACCGCUGGCGAACAAAACGUACUCAGUAUGCCAGUAUUCAACUUCAAUUUAAGCCAGCGCACAAAAGAAACGUAUUAUUUUAUUCAUCAUCAUCAUCAUAAUCGCAUAGCAUCGCAUCGCAUCGCAGAAUACCGGUAAAGCAGUUCGGGUCACAUUAACACGUUCUAAUUGGACACUCCGGUCAGUGUUGCGAAAUGGAAUGUGCAGCAAACGAAACAGGAAUUCAGCCUAGACAAAACAAAGCAGCGCUAUUGUGGCUCUUUCUUUCAUUUAAGCACUUUUAGCCAACAGAAAUAAAAACAAGAGGGCUGUAUGUGUGUGCCUGUCUGCAUGCUGUAUGUGUGUGUGUGGCAACCACAAGGAAUUUUCUGUUGAGGCACUUUUGUUGUUUAGUUUAGAUCGCGUUGCUCUGCUUUUCUGACUGACUCAAAUCUCAAGUGUGAGAAAAACAGCAGGCGCACCACACACAAACACACACACACCCAUGCAUGCACAUAUCGGAUGUUUAACAUUUAAAUUAGCUGCUUCUGAUUGGCAUUACUCGUAUGACACUGCUUGCAUCCAGUUCUUUAUUCGUGCACGUGUGUGUGUGUGUGUCUUUGACGUUUUUAUUGCCUAAUCACUUUUUUUAUUUGCACUUUACUGCGAGAAUACUGGACGAAAACCGCUGACUGGAACUAUUUUUAUGUUUGCCCCAUAAUGUUUUUCAACCGAAAAAUGUUUGUAUAUUUUUUUUUACGUCUAGUGUAAACAAUUGAAAUUUAUUUACUUCAGGGCAUAAACAAAAUCGUUAUACACACACUUUUGAUAGGCGGAAACAAUCAAAUUGAUCAUCGAAAGUUCAACGAUACGCAGCGAUCAAGGUUAAAUGGUUCAAAAUUAAAGCGCGCUAAAUUUAACAAUGAUAAAGCGGUGCACACACACACAUGUGCAUUUGUCAAUGCUUUCGGGCAAGCAGUGCAGUUGUCCUGCAUCCUGUUUAGGAACUCCAAAUUUGAGAUGUAUUCCCCCCCAUUACAAACGUAUUUUUAUGUAUUUUAGCUCUUGAAAACGCAGAAACUACAAUGCAGUACAAUUAUUAUUUCUCAUAAUAUUUAUUUAAUUUUUUUUUGUAAUUAACUAAUAUUAAUUUAUUGCUCAAGUUACGAUGGCACGUUCAACGUGCUUGAGUGACAAUUGUAUUAUGUAGUAGAACUUCCAAAGUGUUCAGGCCAAAAGUAAUUCUCCCCGAACUAAAGAGCGAUCGUACUGAGAAGCUGGUAGGAGUCGAGUGAUUAUCUAUAUAUAUAUUUAUAUAUAUAUAUAUUUUUACAUUUGUGUACAUAUUACUGCGUAUUUUCUAUGUAGCUUAUUUAGUUAUCUUGAUGUAAGCAACGAAUCGAAUAUGAAAUUAUCGAAUGACUGAGACAAAGGCAGCGAAUACUUUACACCAACAUAGAUUUUACAUUUUGAUACUAACUAUUAACUAUUGACCAUUGUAUAUAAAAGUAUUUUGUACACACCCUAUUGGCUAAGCAAUUCAUAUAAAAUAUAUAUACAUUUAAAUUAAAAUGUGCAUAAACAACGAUUGUUAGCUCGAAUCCCUGUAACUCCACAACGAAUAGCCACUAAGUCUUAGUCGUAAAAAGCAGACUAUUAUUAACUGAAUCGGAAACUUUAACUAAAUCACUAAAACAAGCGAACAAGUCUGCAAGGCAAGGCAAAAGGCCCACUAAGUCAGCUGCUCCACGCCCUCAAAAGCCAAUUUCGAACGAUUUCCCUCGAGAGGAAGAGUAUUUUAACGUUAAUUAUCAUAUAAUGUAUGGCAUUCGUAAGGAAUAUAUCAAUAAAUCGCUUUUGGAGGCGUCCGCAUGCCCCUCGAUCCGUCGCCUCUGUUUGCUAUUAAUUUAUGGCGCAGAGCGCGGGAACAUUUUAUAGAUAAACAUGCGGAACAAAAUUGUCUGAAAUGGCAAUUAAAUGAAACCGAAACUGAAACUUGGCAUAAAUGUGCAGCUACAUAGAUAUAUAGGAUAGAUAUAGAUAUACGCCAGAUACCCCGAUAUUCACAACAAUACACCCGCAAUAGUAUAAAUAGUAUAAACACGAAUAACGAUGGCAGCAAAUGGGUAUUGCCAUUGAGCAAACCACCACUGAACUAUUUAUAUUUACAUAGCGUACAAUAAAGCUUUUUGGCAAAUAUCAAUCGAAA